AUGGGGCACUACACGAUGCUGACCUUCGUGCCGCAGAACUUGAUGGAGCAGUUCAAGAAGCCCGCGAACCUGUACUUCCUCUUCCUGAUGUGCUUGCAGAUGAUCCCGGAGGUCACGGUGACUGGGCAGAUUCCCACCAUCUCUUUACCACUGGUGACAGUGAUAUGCAUGAACGCUCUCAAGGACGCGCUGGAGGACUGGCGGCGGCACAAAUCCGACCGCGAGGAGAACGAGCGCCAGGUCUUGUCGCUGAACGGCAAGAGCCUGCAGCCCCGGCGCUGGUGCGACCUCCACGUGGGCAGCCUGGUGGUAGUGAGGCAAAACGAGUACGUCCCAGCAGAUUUGGUGCUCCUGUCCACCUCCCACAAGGAGGGCCACGUCUAUAUCGAGACGGCCAACUUGGACGGGGAGACCAACCUCAAGACCAAGAUGGCGCCUACAACUCUCUUCAAGCUGGUCGGCCAGCAUGACACCAUGGAGCAAGCCACGCAGGCUGCGUCCAUGUUGGACAUGACCUGCGAAUGCGAGCUCCCCAACGAGUUCCUCUACACUUUCGCCGGCAACAUCAAGGUGAGCUCACCAGAUCAGCAGAUCUCCGUGGACGAGCAGCACAUGGUGCUCCGCGGCUGCAAGAUCAAGAACAUCACCUGGUGCUUGGGGGUGGUCGUCUACAGCGGCAAGGAGACCAAGAUCAUGAUGAAUAGCAAGAAGCAGAAGGGUCGGAAAAUCUCCCACCUGGAGCACGACGUGGGCCGGCUCACGCUCCUUGUGUUCUCCAUUCAGAUCGUCCUUUGCCUCAUCGCGGCCAUCGCUAGCGCGAUUUUCGAGACUUCUGAGGAGAACCUGAAGAAGAAGUAUCUGAAUCUGACAGAUGCCAAUGGCAACGCAAGGAACGCCUUUCUUGUGCUGGUGAUUCGUUUCUUCAACUUUGUGCUCCUUUUCUCCAACUUUAUCCCCAUCUCGCUGAUCGUAUCCAUGAGCUUUGCCAAGCUAGCGCAGAUCUUCUUCUUCUACGCCGACAAUGACAUGAUCUAUCAGGGCAUCCACUGCAUGCCCCGGACCAGCGACUUGAACGAGGAGCUGGGCCAGGUGGAGUACGUCUUCUCUGACAAGACGGGCACGCUCACCUGCAACGUCAUGGACUUCCGGAAGUUCUGCGUCCGUGGGGUGACCUACGGCCAGGGCAUGACGGAGAUCAAACGACAGGUCAUGAUGAAGAUGGGGAAGACCGUGGAGGAGCCUCCGCCCGAGGAGCCAGAGGCAAAGAGGACCCCGCACGUGGACCUCGUGGACCCCCGCAUCGACGAGCUCUUGAAGAGGUGCCCCUUUUUCCCCGAAGGCCACCGGGCUGAGUACUGGGGCAUCAGCAUGUGUCUCUGGCCGGACAUGGCGCAAGAGAAGAAGGGCAGCAGCCGUGCUGCCACUCCUCCGCCCAAGGAGCGCUCCAGCGGCAAGGAUGAGGGGAAGAAGGCAACCGAGGCCCAGAAGGUGCCAGAGGAACAGGAGUUUGGAGGGCCCGUUGGCAACCUUUUCAUCAUGGUCUCCUCCCACAUUCUGAUGUUUUGCAUGGCCGCCUCUUUGUACGGCAGCGAUCCAUGGCAAUAUGUGCCGACCCUCAAGUCGGUGGGUUGGUUUCUCAGCUACCACUUGUCUCAGGUGCUGCUGGCGCAAUUUAUGCCCGGCGUCGAGGUGAAGACCAACGGCUUGGAGUACCUCUGCAACGGCUACUCGAGCUUCUGGGCCACCCUCGGGGGCUCCUUCCUGCUGCACAACUUGGGGCUUUUCGACAUCACCACGCUGGCGAAGGAGUAUCCGGCCUUCCUGACGACCGCCAUCAUCUUGGGCGACAUUUACUCGGUGAUCAUCCACCUGUGCUACGCCAAGGGAGCCGAGAGGACCAGCAUCUACGACUUCUUCAUCGGAACCGCCUUGCACCCUCGCGUGGGCAAGCUGGUGGACGUGAAGAUGGUCGCCGAGACGCGGGUCUCCUGGACGCUGCUGCUGCUCAUCACCCUGGGCUGCUACGUGCAGUCGGUCCGAAACUUGGGCAGCUGGCUGAACCCUGGGCUCUUCAUGGUGCUGGCGCACCUCCUUUACGGCAACGCCUGCGCCAAAGGAGAGCACUUCAUUCCCUACACUUGGGACAUCACCACGGAGAAGUUCGGAUGGAUGUGGGGAAGCCCGGGGAUGGGGAAAAAUGGGCAUGAAGGAGCUUCUUUAUGCAGAGUCUUAGAGGGGACCUUGCAGACGUGCCUUGCAGUACCCCCGUUCCGUUCACAUCAAGUGCUUGCUUACUAA